AUGAAGAUAGGUACCGAACAUUUGGCAAAGUAUCGCCAUAUGUCAUUUUCUCGCGAGAGGUAUGUAGGUUACCAUAAGUUUGAGGCAUUCAAAGGAGCCAAAAGCUUGAGAACACUUUUAGCGGUAUCUAUUGAUGUGGAUCAUGGUUGGAUCUACUUUUUCUUAUCUAAUAAGAUUCUGGUUGACUUACUUCCUAGCUUAACAUUAUUAAGGGUUCUUUCUUUGAGUCAUUUUCAAAUAACUGAGGUACCAGAGUUCAUCGGUAGUUUGAAGCACUUACGGUAUCUUAAUUUAGCUAAAACUAAGAUAAAAGAGUUACCGGAGAAUGUUAGCAAUCUUUAUAAUUUACAGACAUUGAUUGUUUUUGGUUGUGAAAAGUUGACCAAGUUGCCUGAAAGCUUCUCGAAGCUUAAAAAGUUGCGACAUUUUGAUAUAAGGGAUACUCCGCUUUUGGAGAAGCUGCCAUUCGGGAUUGGUGAGUUGGAAAGCCUACAGACUCUCACCAAGAUCAUCAUUGAAAGAGAUGAUGGCUUUGCAAUAAAUGAGCUCAAGGGAUUAACAAAUCUCCGUGGAGAAGUUUCCAUUGAGGGAUUGCACAAAGUGCAAAGCGCAAAGCAUGCACGGGAGGCGAACUUAUCUCUAAAAAAGAUUACUGGAUUAGAGCUGCAAUGGGUUGAUGUGUUUGAUGGCUCACGAACGGAUACACUUGAAGAGGAAGUUCUCAAUGAGCUGAAACCUAAUAGUGAUACGUUGAAAACGCUUUCAGUCGUGUCAUACGGGGGAACACAAAUUUCAAAUUGGGUUGGUGAUCGCUCUUUCCAUGAGUUGGUUAAUGUGUCAAUACGUGGUUGUAAAAAAUGCACAUCUCUACCCCCAUUUGGGUUGCUCCCUUCACUUAAGAGGUUGCAGAUUCAAGGCAUGGAUGAGGUUAAAAUCAUAGGUUUGGAGUUAACCGGAAAUGAUGUUAACGCCUUCCGUUCACUUGAAGUUCUAAGAUUUGAAGAUAUGUCUGGAUGGCAGGGGUGGUCAACUAUAAAUGAGGGUUCAGCAACAGUGUUUCCAUGCCUUAAAGAGCUUUAUGUAAGGAAUUGUCCACAAUUGAUUAAUGUCUCACUUCAAGCACUGCCUUCACUCAAGGUUCUUAAAAUUGACAGAUGUGGUGAUGGUGUGUUGAGAAGUCUGGUUCAGGUAGCUUCUUCAGUCACUAAAUUGAAAAUAAGUUAUGUAUCAGGGCUUACAAAUGAGGUGUGGAGAGGAGUUAUAAGGUAUCUUAAGGAAGUUGAAGAAUUAAGUAUCAGGGGAUGUAAUGAAAUAAAAUACUUGUGGGAAUCAGAAACAGAGGCAAGUAAGCUUCUUGUGAGAUUAAAGGAAUUGAGAUUAGAGUAUUGUUCAGGUUUGGUAAGUUUAGAAGAGGAAGAGGAGGAUGACAAUUUUGGGAGCAGCACCCUGUUAUCUCUUAGAACUUUGUCUGUAAGUUCUUGUAGUAGCAUAAAGCGUUUAUGCUGUCCAAAUAGCAUUGAGAGUUUGAGUAUUCUUCGUUGUUCAGAUAUUAAAGAUGUCUACCACCCAAAAGAAGGAGGGAAUAAGCUCAAAUCACUUCGUAUAAGCAAUUGUGAUAAACUUGAGGGAAAAUUCAACAACACAAGCAUGCCAAUGCUUGAAACCCUAAAUAUUUAUAAAUGGGAAAAUCUAAGAUCAAUCAGUGAAUUGAGUAACUCCACUCACCUCACCAGCCUGGAUAUAGAAGGAUGCCCACAUAUCGUGUCCCUUCCAGAGCUUCAGCUAUCAAACCUCACCCGUUUGUCAAUUUCUGAAUGUGACAGUCUGGAGUCAUUACCUGAGCUAUUGAAUCUCACCAGUUUGUCAGUUAGUGAUUGUGACAGUCUGGAGUCAUUACCUGAGCUAUUGAAUCUCACCUUUUUGUCAAUUCUAUAUUAUAUUGUUCCCGUUGUUUGUAACUGCUAUUUGGGCUAA